AUGGCGCCUAUACCGCCUAAUACCAAGACCCCACGCAUCGUGGCCUACUACCAGACGCAUCAUGACCAGGGCGGCAGCCCGAUAUCCGUUCUCCCGCUGGUUCUCCGACCGGGAAUCUCGGUGACUCACCUCAUCCUGGCGGCCAUCCAUAUCAACGAGGAUCCGUCGGGGCUGACGCUCAACGACCACAUUCCCGGGCACGAGCGCAACGGCACGCUGUGGUCUGAGAUGGCGACGCUGCAGGCGGCGGGGGUCAAGGUCAUGGGCAUGCUGGGGGGCGCCGCCAAGGGCACGUACUCGCGCCUGGACGGGUCGGACAGCCAGUUCGAGCGGUACUACUUGCCCCUACGGGACAUGGUGCGCCAGCGCGGCCUGGACGGCCUCGACCUCGACGUCGAGGAAGAGAUGAGUCUAUCGGGCAUCAUCCGGUUGAUCGACCGUCUGCGCGCCGACUUUGGCGGCAACUUCAUCCUCACCAUGGCCCCCGUCGCCGCCGCCCUGCUCAACCCGCAGGCCAACCUCAGCGGCUUCGACUACGUCGCCCUCGAGGUCAUGCGCGGCCGCGAGAUCGCCUGGUACAACACCCAGUUCUACUGCGGCUGGGGUGACUGCACCAGCCCCAGCAUGUACCACGCCAUGGUCCGCAGCGGCUGGCCCGCCGAUAAGCUCGUCGUGGGCCUCGUCACCAACCCGGAGAAUGGCUCGGGCUUCGUCCCCAUGGUGCCCGUGUCCACCGUCUUCGCCGAGCUCAGGAUGUACUACCCCAACUUCGGAGGCGUCAUGGGCUGGGAGUAUUUCAACGCUCUCCCCGGCGGCCGUGAGAGGCCCUGGGAGUGGGCCGAGACUAUGACUGGCCUGCUUAGGAGCCACUUGCCAGAGUCAAAGAGGCCUGCUGCUGCCCAUAUUGCCGACGUCGAGACGGGCGCUCUUCCUGACGCAAAGGCUUUGCCUGUCCCGACCCAGUUUGAUUAUUACUCUGAUGGAACUGAGGAGGAAUGA